UUGCACCAAGGAUUCAACAUUCGAACCAUUAAAAACAUUCAGUUUCACUGCCGGUUUCAUUCCGCAGCAGGCUGUGGAAAGUAGUGGACGAUUGUCGUUCGUAGUUUUGUUGUGAAAUCCUUCAUCGCAUCACGAUCGUGUCAUUAAACGAUCGAAUGUUAAAUUGAUAAAUGCGCGAAACUAACAAAAUUAAUGCGGUUGUAUUUAGCAUUAACUGUCGACAAAGAAAAGUCUUAUGUAAGAUUUAGUGAUAACUAACUACACAAUAUAUGAGUGAAAGAGUGCAGUAUAAUAAUAGUGGGUUCAUUUAUUUGCAAGUAAUCGCACAAAUUAGUGCUUUUUAAAAAUCAACUAGUUGAAAAAACGCUACCUGCCUAGUUGAAAAAGCAGUCAAGAUUGUUGGUUUUCUUGGAACAACGACUGAUACAUUUUAAAUAUGGACAUAACGAAGGAAAAUUACAAUCCAAAUCCAAGGGACAAAGCGAAUCCACUUUCCAUGUUGAUAUUUGGUUAUACCUUACCAAUAUUCAGAAAAGGGUACAGUAAAACGCUAGACGUGGAUGAUUUGUACAAUCCAUUAAACAGCGACAGAAGCGAAUUAUUAGGGGAUAAGUUGGAAAGGAACUGGAAGAAGCAUUUGGCGAACGCUAAAAAGAAAAACAGCACCCCUAGUUUAUUUAGAGUUCUGGUAAAAACGUUUUGGCCAGAAUACUUACUCAUAGGGUUAGUGCUUGUCGUCCCUGAUAUGCUCAUCCGGCUUCUGCAGCCGCAACUUUUAGGUUUACUUUUAGACUAUUUUAAACCCGGUACUGACAAAACAAAAGAAGACGCCUUUUAUUAUGCAGGCGGGAUAGUAUUAAUGAAUGCUAUGAGUGCAUUUUUCGUAAACCAUCACAUCAUGCAGUCUUUCCACUACGGAAUGAAAGUAAGGGCAGCAUGCUGUGCCCUUAUUUAUAGGAAAGCCCUUAAAUUAAGUAAAUCGGCAUUAAGUGAUACAGCUUCGGGACAAGUGGUUAAUCUUCUGUCCAAUGAUGUCAGUCGUUUUGAUAUUGUAUCAAUAUUUAUCCAUCACAUGUGGGCUGCUCCACUGACCGCUACCAUUGUGGCCUACUUGACAUACAGUCAAGCAGGCUUUGCAGGACUCAUUGGGAUUAUUCCUAUUAUGUUCAUAAUGCCUUUACAAAGUUACACGGGUAAAUUGUCUUCCAUUUACCGAAGAAAGACUGCAUACAAAACUGACGAAAGAAUUAGACUCAUGGAUGAAAUAAUAUCCGGAAUCCAGGUGAUAAAAAUGUAUGCCUGGGAAAUCCCCUUUAGUAAAAUAAUACGGCACGCCAGAAGGAUGGAAAUUAAAAUCAUAACAAAACUGUCUUAUGUUCGAGCUUUGUUUAUGACUUUUAAUUUGUUUACAACAAGAGUCGCCUUAUUCUGUGCCCUUUUAGCCAUUGUGUUAACAGGGGAAAAAAUUACUGCAUCUAAGGUGUUUGUCUUUACGGCCUACUACAACGUCAUUGCUCAGUCGCUGACGGCUAUGUUUGUUAGAGGCAUUUCAGAAAUAGCAGAAGUUCUGGUGGCCAUCAAAAGAUUACAGAACUUCAUGUUGAAUGAAGAAUUUGUUGAAAUCAAAAAAGCCGUCAAUGGAGAAAUUAAGUACAACAAUAAUAACGAAGCUAUUUGUCUCAAGAAUGCCACGUCGAAAUGGAAUCCUGACUUAUCUGACUGUGCUCUGAAUAAUAUAAAUAUUUCAGUGGAAAAAGGAAAAUUUUUGGGUGUCAUUGGACCCGUAGGAAGUGGAAAAAGUUCGCUGUUGCAAACAAUAUUAGGUGAAUUACAAGUAUCAAGCGGAACCAUAGACGUAAAUGGUACGCUUUCGUAUGCGUCUCAGGAGGCGUGGGUGUUUGCUGCAACCAUUCGUCAAAAUAUUCUUUUCGGCCGUGAAUACAAUAAAAAAAAAUACGAAGAAGUCGUAAAAGUGUGUGCGUUGGAGACCGAUUUCAAGCAAUUUCCAGACGGCGACUUAACAUUAGUUGGAGACAGGGGGGCGUCUCUCAGCGGCGGUCAGAAAGCCAGAGUAAAUUUAGCUCGAGCCGUUUACCGAGAUGCUGAUAUUUAUCUCCUCGAUGACCCUUUAUCAGCAGUGGACACGAGGGUUGCAAGGCAUUUGUACGAGAAAUGUAUAAACGGAUAUUUGGCAUCGAAAACGAGAAUAUUGGUCACUCAUCAGGUCUAUUAUUUAAAGAAUGCCAGUCAUUUGGUCAUUUUAAAUAACGGUGAAAUUGAAGCUCAAGGAAGUGUUAACGAAAUUUUAAAAUUAGGCAACGAGUAUGCGAAAUUGAUAAAAUCCGAACCGCCACCGGAAGACAAAGAAAAAUCAGAAGAUAAGCCAAAUAAAGGGGUCGAAAUACAAAAGAUAAAUAGGCAAAUGUCAAUGAGGAGUAGAACAUCGUCUAUUGCAAGCACAAGAAGUGAAAUUAGCAUCGUGGACGUUAUUCUGCAGGAGGAAAACGAAGAAGAAACCGAAACCAAAGAUUUCGGACUGAAAGAGCAACAUGAAGAAUCAUCAAAGGGCAAAAUUAAGGGGUCUCUCCUGUUUAGAUAUAUGUUAGCAGGGGGAAACGUUUUUGCCGUUAGCUGCGUCAUAGCCCUCUUUAUUUUAGCCCAAGGGGCAGCCAGUGGCGUCGACUGGUUCGUCAGUUACUGGACCAAUAUCGAAGAAUACAGGAAUUCUACAAUUUCUGCAAAUGUCAACUUAAGAGAACUUCCAACGUCUACUUGCUUGUACAUUUACGGCAGUCUGAUAAUCAGUUUGUUAUUGAUAGCACUUGUAAGAUCCUUCUCGUUUUACAAAUUAGUUAUGAACAGUUGCACCAAUCUUCAUCAUGCCAUGUUUGAUGGUGUGGUGUAUGCGAGUAUGCGAUUUUUUGAUACGAAUCCUAGUGGAAGGAUAUUAAAUCGAUUUUCAAAGGACAUUGGGAGUGCCGAUGAACUAUUACCGAAAUGCAUCCUUGAUUCAUCUCAGAUUUUGUUAAUAAUGGCUGGUUCCUUAAUUCUGGUAGCAGUUGUUAACCCUUUAUUCCUCAUUCCUGUUGCUAUUAUUGGCGUUAUUUUUAUGAUUUUGAGGUCAAUUUUUUUGAAAUCGUCCAAAAAUAUCAAACGUUUAGAAGGAAUAACGCGCAGUCCAGUAUUCACACAUCUCAAUGCCACCCUUCAAGGACUAACCACGAUAAGAGCAUAUGGGGCUCAAACAAUUUUGAAGGAGGAGUUUGAUAAACACCAAGAUCUACACACAAGCGCAUGGUUCAUGUACAUUGCAGUCAGCUCGGCUUUUGGUUUCAUUCUCGAUUUGUUUUGCACCGCAUUUACAACAUUGGUAACCCUCAGUUUUCUGACUUUUGGAGAAACACUUCUGGGGGGCCAAGUAGGUCUUGCAAUAACUCAAACAACCUCCCUUACUGGGAUUGUUCAGUGGGGGAUGAGACAGUCUGCAGAAGUGGCAAAUAUGUUAAUGUCCGUCGAAAGGAUGUUGGAAUACACAAUAAUUCCUCCAGAAAAACAACCGGAAAAGCCUAUAAAACCGCCCAAGGAAUGGCCACAAAAUGGGAAAAUAAAUUUCAAAAACAUGGGACUUAAAUAUGUAGAAACAGGUCCAUUGGUACUUAAAAAUCUUAAUAUCUCCAUUCAGCCAAAAGAAAAGAUUGGAAUCGUGGGAAGAACAGGUGCAGGAAAAUCCUCCUUGAUAGCCGCUCUAUUCCGAUUAGCAAAAGUGGAGGGUGAAAUAGAAAUUGAUGCCAUCGAUACGAAAAACGUCAUUUUACAAGAACUGAGAUCGAAAAUAGCAAUCAUUCCUCAGGACCCUGUCUUAUUCUCUGGUACCCUCAGAUACAAUUUGGAUCCGUUUGAAGAGUUCCCAGACGAUUUAUUAUACAAAGCUCUAAACGAUGUGGAAUUGAAGGACCCCAUGAAUAUCAUCAACAGAUUGGAAAACAGAGUAAUGGAUAGAGGAGCAAACUACAGUGUGGGACAACGACAACUUAUUUGCCUUGCACGAGCAAUUGUUCGAAAUAACAAAAUACUAAUGUUAGAUGAAGCUACAGCAAAUGUUGACCCACAAACUGAUGCAUUAAUUCAAAAAACCAUACGCCAAAAGUUUGCCGAUUGUACGGUCUUGACGGUGGCACAUCGUCUUAACACGAUCAUGGAUUCUGAUAAAGUUUUAGUUAUGGAUAACGGCACCAUGGUCGAAUUUAAUCACCCCUACAUUCUUUUGCAAAAUUCCAAGAGUGUUUUUUCCAAAAUGGUCGCGGAAACUGGAAAAUCUACAACAGAACAACUUAAACAGAUCGCUAAAGUUAAUUACGAACAAAAGUUUGGUGUUCCAGAAUAA